AUGCGGACUGAGAUGAACUGCCGUUUCGACCUCGUAAGUCGUAAGGUACGAGUUGUCCGUUACAUUGUUGUUAAUGAUUUCAAUACAACAAAACAGAUUAGGUGGUAUCGAGAUAGAAUUGCAAAUCUGGCAAGAUAUAUCAGAAUGAAAGGAAUUGCCCGUGCUUCAGUUUAUGAAGAUGAAGCUCUCAAAGAGCUGCUUGAUGCUUUUGGUGAGACGUUUUCUCUUGAGGACAUUGCUUCUGCUUAUUACGAAGCAAAAGGGAAUGUCAAUGUUACUGGCGACAUUCUCUAUGCAAGAAACCAUGGAAGUACUACAAGAGAAACAACCAAUGCGCAUGAAAAUAAGUCUGUUGGUGCCAGUACAACAUCUUCAGAAAAUACAUCUAUCAAUCUCAAUAUCGGAGCAUAUAAGUCAAAACGAUGUUCUGUAUCAACAGGAAGUGUUGCUGGUGUGAUAGGAAAAAACUACGUUAAACCAAGGUCAUCAAGAACAGACUGUUCUGAUACUACCAAACCGGUGGAAAUAGAUUCAAAGAAAUUGCCCGAAUCUGUGAUAUGGAGUGAAGAAGAUCCAUCAAAUAGGACAACUAGAAAUGGAACCACAAAUGGUGAUCUUGAGAAAUUUUUGUUUCAGAUGCUAGGAGAUGGAUUUCAACUUGACAAAUCCGUAAUUCAAGAAGUACUUGAUUGUUGCGGGUUUGAUGUGGACAAGAGCAUGGACAAACUGCACGAUAUGUCAGCUUCAACUCUAGAGAAAUCUGAUGAUGUUAUUGGUAUCACUGCCGAAAAGUUCACGGGGAGAUGUUUGGAGAACCAAUCCUUUUUAAUCCAAGGCAAACCGCAAUCCAAAGAUUUUUCUCAUUUGCACCUUACUGCAUCUAUGAUAAGAAAUCCUAAAAGAUCUCCAAGAGGAAACAAAGACAAAGCCACUCAAGAGAAAGAAAUCUUAGAAGCCUUGUUCACUGUUACUGAAAGAUCCGAGGAAGCGACGAAAAGAAAUCGUGUAGUUAGUGAGGUGAGGAGAUCAAAGGCACUAGGUGAAUUGGUGACUGAACCUCUCGAGGACAAAGAUACAAGCCUUACAAAAAAUGUUGUAGAAAUGCUGAAAGUUUCAAAAGAUGUCAUAACCUUCUUGUUUUUGGUUUCUUCUACAGUGGAAGAUCGACACAACGACAAUGAGAAUAGCUACGAUGACUUACGUCAAGCUGUGAAGGAGUAUUGGGUGACUAUGAAAGAAUACUAUAAAGCUUUUGAAUUCAGUUGCGCAGAUGAUGAAAUUAUGUCUCUUGAUUUGCAUAACUUCAAACCCAAGGAAGCUCGUAAUCUUCUCCAAAUCCAUUUAGCUUCUGUUUCCGGCAUCCCUACUAUUCAGUAUUUAAGGAUUAUAGUGGGAACCAUGGAAGAAGAUACUAAAACGGAAGCUCGAAGACGAUUGAUUAUGAAACAGCUAGAGAAGGAAUCGAUUAAAUGGAACGAAGAAGAGAAUGACAGAAUAAUAUCGAUUCGAGUUGAUGUAAUCGACCCAAAAAAACUGAGUUUCGCAAAGGAAAAUAAGAAAAUGGGGGAUCCUUCCAACUAA